AUGAGUGAUAAUACCAAAUUCCCAGGGCGCAGGAAGGUCCACAGACUCCCACCUCCAGCCACCCUGUUGCCAGGAUUGAGGGCACAGGCAGGGCCAAGACCUGCUGAGCCAGCCGAGUGCAUUGUACUCCCACUGACCACCCCUUUGGCGGAGACCAUCAUGAAGGCCCGCUUGAAAGGAGCGCAGACAGGCCGGAACCUCCUAAAGAAGAAGUCUGACGCCUUAACGCUUCGCUUUCGACAGAUCCUGAAGAAGAUCAUUGAGACCAAGAUGCUGAUGGGCGAGGUGAUGAGGGAGGCCGCCUUCUCCCUUGCUGAGGCCAAGUUCACAGGGGACGACUUCAGCACCACAGUUAUCCAAAAUGUAAAUAAAGCCCAAGUGAAGAUUCGGGCGAAGAAAGAUAACGUAGCAGGUGUUACUUUGCCGGUCUUCGAACAUUACCAUGAGGGAACUGACGGUUAUGAACUCACUGGUUUAGCCAGAGGUGGGGAACAGCUAGCUAAACUGAAGAGAAAUUAUGCCAAAGCUGUGGAGCUGCUGGUGGAGCUGGCUUCGCUGCAGACUUCCUUUGUUACUCUGGAUGAAGCUAUUAAGAUAACCAACAGGCGUGUAAAUGCCAUCGAGCAUGUUAUUAUACCUCGGAUUGAACGUACCCUUGCUUACAUCAUCACAGAGCUGGAUGAGAGAGAGCGAGAAGAAUUCUAUAGGUUAAAGAAAAUACAGGAGAAGAAAAAGAUUCUCAAGGAAAAAUGCGAGAAGGACUUGGAGCAACGGAGAGCAGCUGGUGAGGUGAUGGAGCCUGCAAACCUUCUGGCUGAAGAGAAGGAUGAAGAUCUUCUGUUUGAAUAGUCUUCUCUGCUCUGCCACUUUGGGAAGUCUUCACCAUGACUCCAUUUAAAAUCAGUGUGUCGGUUUGGUACGUGUGGCUAUUUGUAUUUUGGCCUAUGAAGUCCAGCAGUUCUACAGUUUACCUGGAUGUCUACUUAUGGGAUGACUCUUGCAGAACCCUAAUUUAAUUCAGUGACCCUGUGCAGCAGGCAAGUGAGCUCCAGACUUGCAGGCUUCCCUUUGCUGGGCGUCACAGUUCCUUUACAUCAUGUUAUGUGUGACUUGUCCGCUAAGCAUUUUAAGAAACACCCUUUAGGAAAUGUUAGAGGUCUCAGGCCAGCUGCUGUGAAGAUGUUUCCCACCCACUUGCAAACCCUGGCACACGUCUGAAAUGCCACAGCCACCGUGUCACCACGGUACUUCU